AUGACCGUUCUGAGAGAUCAUUACUAUAGACUCGCUUCUGAGGUUCCUCAGGAAAGAAUUGAAGCGGCUACAGCCUUGCUCUCUGAGCUCCAGGCUGCAAAUCUCAAAGAAGAAUGGGACUAUGCCAUGAACCGUCUUAUUAAAGGUUUAACUUCAACCAGACAAAGUGCUAAAGUUGGAUUUUCCAUGGCGUUAAUAGAGGUGUUAUCGGUACUUGUAAAGGAUUCAAAGAACGAUUUGACUGUUUUGGGCUACUUCAAGCAGCUCUUGGAGUUGACUGAGACCAAAUCUUCCAUGAAAGGAAAGGAAGAGAGAGCUAUUUUGUUUGGAAGACUCUUUGGGUUGCAAGUGAUUUUAAAUUCUGGGCUUUUACUUGAUUCCGAAGAAUUUGUUUCACUUUCUGAAUUAAGAGAGUUUUGUAGAAUCUUGAUCGAAUUGUCCACCAUCAAGUCUUGGUUAAGAGAGUCAACGAUUUUCACCUUGUUCACUUUUUUCUCGGAGUACCAAGCAAAAGUCUCGACAUACAAUCGUGAACUUAGUGUUUGGAUAUUACAGAAGCUCAAUGAUGCUGGACUUAACUUGACCACUGAGGGAAUGUCCAUAUAUCUUUCAAUUCCAAAGGGAAAUAGGAAGGCUUUUAGCUUAGAAGUCGAGAAUCCACAAGCAAACUGGAAGAACGGUGAUCCAUUGUCCAAAGGAAACUUACCACUUUUAACCAAAGUUUUGAAAGAUGUUGAAGUAGUUGAAGAAGAAAAGGGAGAUUCUGAAGGCAAUAAGAAUAACAAACCUAAGCAAAAGAGUAAUUGGAACCCAAGAAUACACUUUGUCUGGGAUUUAAUUGUAAGAGAUUUCUUGAUUGAAAGUGGACCUUUAGAUGAUCAAAUUGAAGAGGAAGAAGUUGGCAAAAAGCGUAAGAAGCAUUCCAAGGAAGAAACCUCCAAAAAGAAAUCCAAAAAGAAUACAGUUGGAGAAGAUCUCAGCUUGUCACUUCAGGAAUUUUGGAAAGUAAUCGUUGAUGAAUCAUUAUUCUCAGAGAAGUCUUCACACGAAAGGAAGUUCUGGGGAUUUGAAAUUUUUGGCAAGUUUUUGAAAGCAGUUCAGAGAAAGCAGGAAAUUUACCAUCUAUUCACCCCCAAUUUAAUGAGAUGCUUGAUCAAUCAGUCAUCUCAGCUGAAUAGGUUCUUAAAUAAGAUUUCGAUUCAAACUUUGAAUACUAUAGUUGAAGUAGCAAAGAGAGAACCAACGAAAGCUCCAAUAAUAUUGAGUUGUCUUUUAGAUGAAUCUCAUGGUGGUUGUUGGAAUUUCGAUCUUAUCACUAAAUCCAAAUGCAUUGAUGAAGUUUUGAGUGGACCUGAAGAUGAAAGCGGUGAUAUCUUUAAUGAAUUUAGAAAGAUUUUAAUUUCCAAAUAUUUUAGUGUAAUCAAGGAUGUUUCAGAAGACAUUGAUGAUUUGGAUGAAGAAAAAGAAGGAGCAGAAGAACCAAACUCUCUGGUUCCAUUAAAGUACCCAUAUGACAAUGUUCAAAAGUGGUGCCUUGAUAAGCUUUUACACUUAAUAAGAAGUCAUAAACACUUGUUAAAAGAUGGUGCCCACUCUAAAUGGUUGGAAGAGAUUUUCCAACUUUUGAUCAAAAAUGCAUUCUUCAAAUUGAAAGAUACGGGAAGAAGCCCUAUCUCGUUGAAUAUUAAGAACUUAUCUCUGGAGCGUUUGACAUCUAUCUUAUCAGAUGUCAUCACAUUUAAAAAUGAAAAUGAUGAGCCAUGGCCCCUCUUCUGUAUUGAUUUCAUCAGAGAGAUAGAAGAAAAUCAUGAGGAUUACGAAUUGGUGGCAGAAUUUGAUGAAAGUCUUAUUGAAAGUAGAAAUGAGAUCUUGGAUAUUUUAUCUACUAUAAAAAAAUCCAUUAGGAAGUCUAAAAAGAGAGCCAGCAAGAAAUCAAAAUCAAAAUCCGAUAUAGGAGUUGAUCAAUUAUAUUGCUUUCAAUUAUUGUUUUCAAUGGUGUUGAUUCAAUUCUACAUGGCGGACGAAGAAGCUGUAUCUGUACUUGAAGAAUUGAAAGUAUGCUAUGAAGAUAUCACAAAUAAAGGAGAAAGUGAAGAAGGUGAAGAAGUUGAUUCUUCUCAAGUUCUAACAGAGAUUAUCUUAUCAUUUGUUGCACGUAAAUCUAAUUUGUUGAAGAAAAUUUCUAUGAUCAUUUGGGAAAGUUUCUUGUGUGCCAAAAACGAGGAAGGUAAAUUAAGAAUCACUGAGAAUAGUUUAGCAUUACUUUACGAUAUUUUGGAAUCGAGGGAAAACAAAGAAGGUUUAGAAAAGGUGUUUGAAGGUCAAGGUGAAUAUGAAGAAGAAAAUGCCGAAAAAGAAGAAGGAGAAGAUGACGAAGAAGAAGAAGAAGAAGAAGAAGAAGAUGAUGAUGAAGACGCUGAAGAUUCAAAUUCCGAUUCAGACUCAGAUUCAGACUCUGUUGAUCCAGAUUCAACUGUUGAUAAAGUAGAAAGAGAAACAUCUGCUAAACUCUCCGAGGCAUUGGGAAUCCCUUCAUCUGGAGAAGUGAAAUUUGAAGACUUGUCUGAUUUUGAGGGAGACGAAGAAGAUUCAUAUGAAUCAGAUUCUAUGGAUGAUGAACAAAUGAUGGAAAUCGAUGAGCAAUUAUCCAAAAUAUUCAAAGAAAGAAGAGAUGCAUUGUCUUCAGUGGUCACUGGAAGUAAAAGGAAAACAGAGGUUAUUGAUGCCAAGGAACAAAUGAUAUUCUUCAAAAACCGAGUGUUAGAUUUACUAGAACAGUUCAACAAGCACCAGCCAUCUUCAUAUUUGAAUUUAACAAUGAUUAAGCCUAUUAUUACGUUGAUCGGGUUAACUUUGGACAAAAAUGUUGGUACCAAAGCACACAAAUUAUUGAAAUUUAAAAUUAGCAAGACGAAAGUUUCUAAAGACCAAUUCUCUGAAAAUUUCGACUCUGAAGAAGAUGGCGAAGUGUUCAAAAAAUCUUUGUUGGAGAUGAUUCAAUGGCUCCACAGCACAGCAAGUCGGUCCUCAUCAAAUCAGGCACACUCAAUGGCCUGUAACCAAGCAUGUAUUAUAUUAUCCAAGAAUUUAAUUGGAAUCGACGAUACUUAUUUAGACCAAGUCAUUGAAAUCUACACCUCUUCUUUGAAAGAAUGGGCCAUUAACAAAAAGAGUAAAAUUCAAGCAUCCAUGUUUUUUGAUUUUAUUAAUUGGUUGAAUUCAAAGAGAGAGAACAAGCAGUAG